GUGCUGGAAAGGUAAAGAGGCCGCACCCGAGGGCACGAGAAUUAGGCGAGGGCUGUCCGCCUCCGCAGGCUGGAGCGUCUCGCCCCAGAACAGUCCCGCCUCUCUCCUCCGUCUUUGGGAGUCCCUGGAGGCCGCGGUAGCAAGCGCGGAGCUCCUGGCGCUCUUACUAGGGGGAAGGGCGGGCAGGAGAGGCGGGGCCUCCGGGCCGGGAGGGAGCGAAGCCUCUGGCCGCGGGCGGGCGCCGGAGUCUGGGGGCCGCUGCUUCCCCUUCCCGGUCCGCGGAGGUUCCUGGCCCCUCCUCCGCCCCGAGUCCCCACCCUCGCCGCCGCUGUCAAAGAUAAACCGGGCCUUUGCCUGCAGGAGCGGCGGCAGCCCGCGACCCGGCGGUGAAGAGCCUCGGGCGCGGCCUCGCCUGCCCGGCCCGGCGCUCGCAUCAGCACCGCGGACAGCACAGCUCGUCGUUGCCAGUCUCUAGGCGCCAGCCGACCCACUAGCCCACCGGCGGCCGGGCCCGCGGCGUCCACAUCAGCACCGCGGACAGCGCCCGGGGGCCCCUCGCCGCUGCCAGUCCACCGGCUCCCCGAGUCAGCACCGCGGACAGUCCCCCUACACCGGCCCGGAGGCAGGCUUGGAGCGGUCAGCGCUCCCGGAACAUGGCCACUGAGGUCCACAACCUGCAGGAGCUCCGGCGAAGUGCCUCACUGGCCACCAAGGUCUUCAUCCAGAGAGACUAUAGUGAUGGAACCAUCUGUCAGUUCCAGACCAAAUUUCCACCAGAGCUGGACAGCCGGAUUGAGAGGCAGCUCUUUGAGGAGACUGUGAAGACCCUCAACAGCUUCUACUCAGAGGCUGAGAAGAUCGGGGGUGGCUCCUACCUGGAGGGCUGCCUGGCCUGUGCCACGGCCUACUUCAUCUUCCUCUGCAUGGAGACCCAUUACGAGAAGGUUCUCAAGAAGAUCUCCCGCUACAUCCAGGAGCAGAAUGAGAAGAUCUUUGCCCCUCGAGGCCUCCUGCUCACGGACCCUGUGGAGCGUGGGAUGAGGGUUGUAUCCUUCCUGGCUGUUCUGUGUGAGGGCCCAGAGCUGCCAACUCAUGGUCUCUCUGAUGUGAUGAUUGAUGGGUAACAAGUUAAGUGACUGGUCUAUGGUCAUCGCUGGAGAGUGGGCGAGCUGGGAGUCGACCUCAGGACACCGGAGUCCUCACACUUCCUGCUCAGUAGCACCACCUGCCUGGG